CGGGGAAGGGCCUGGAAAUCCAGUUCGCGAUCGAGAAGGAGAAGAAAGCCUACCACGUAUUACAGUGAAAAAGGCCCCCACCCCCAAAGUUGCAACAAUUUGUGAUGCGAAGUUUCCAAAUGAAAACUUUUUGUCAUGCAUGAAAGGAGUCUGAAUCUUUGUGAUGCAGAGUCUAGGCGUGUAUCGCAUCGCUUCCAUGAAAAGCGCCGCUCUUGCUGGGGUCUUUUGCAAUACAAAUUUUUGCUACUCACGAUUGCACACCUGUGAUGCUGAUAGAUGCAUGAGGGCGAAUGUUUCACUUGGAAAGGUUUCUUGCAAUACAAAUGCUUCCAAGUUCGGGGACGGGGGCAUUUUUCAUUGUAAUACCACGUGCUGGUGUAUCGCGUCCAUGGGUACAAGCGCGUGAUGGAUCAGGCCGAGCGGCAAAGCUUUUACCUGGAGCGCGCGUUUCUGGAGGUGACUGCGGCGGUGGCCGAGCUUUUCCGCAGCCGCGACCUGGACAUGGCAAUUAUGGCGAAGUACACCAUGGAGCGCGCGGAGGCGCAGCAGGAGUUGAUGGCGCGGCAAGCGAACCAGCACGCCGCGGAGGCCGAAAAGAUGGUGAAGACACAGGAGGCGCUCCAGAAGCAGAACGAAGAGAGCGGGCUCAACCUGACGGUGUCGCAGGACUUCUCCGACCUCGCCGUGAAGGCGCGGGAAAAGGAGGCGGAGGCGCUGGAGGAACGGGAGCGGUUGCUGGGCAUCUUCAACCGCACGAAGGAGACGCACGCACGCGCCUUGGCGCGGGUGAAUCUGACGACCGCCGAGAUGGAGAUGUACCUGGCAGAGCAAACCGACGACCUGGCGCGCACGUCGGUGCGGGAUGUGCGUUUUGCCGUGAAGGCCGCGGAGAAUCGGUUGCGUGCACGCGAGGUGGCCUUCGAGCAGGCGGUGGAAAAGACGGCCGUGGCGCGGGGGGAAGGCUUCGUCCGCGCGGAGCUGGAGAUCCGCUUUCCGGCCAAGUCCGUCGCCGAGUUUUUCGGGGUGCCGGAAUCGACGAACGCGACGUCCGGAACAGGGGCGGGUGCAGCGGCCGCCGCCUCGGCGGGGGCAGCGCCAGUUCCGGCCGCAACCACUCCAACUGCUGCUACAACGGCCGCCGCGGUCACCCUGUUACAGCGGGACGAGAGUUUCCUCCCAACCGCUGGCAUGCUUCAGUCGAAAGGCGCGGCCAUGCUGCAGCUCGCGCAGGCAGGGUCUUCCGCACCCGAGGCAGUUGCGGAUGCAGUUCUACACGAUCUUCGGCCGCAGGACUACGACGACUUGAUCAAUUAUCUGAAUGACCAGCAGGAUAAUGCCGGAUCUUCUUCCACAGUAGGAGCGACAGCACCGUCAUCAGUUCCGCGAGGGCACAGUGCGGAAAUGCUCUUUUUGCAGGUCGGCACGGAGUCCACUUCGUACGCGGAUAUGAAACAAGAACAGGAAACGCGGAAGCAGCAGGAGCUGGCGAAGGCCACUGCGAGUGGAAACAAGAAAGCGACUGUGGUUGAUGAGCUAGAAGCGAUUCUGGAGGACAAGCGCGACCGAGCACACAUUAGUUUGCUUCAGGUCCGCGACCUGAGGGGCCUUGCGGUAGCCACGGCAGAUGCGGAAGAGGGGGAUGUGACAGAUCCCGAUGGGGCGCAGCCGCAGCGCGAGCC